AGAUGUCACAAAGAUUGAACUUUUCUUUAAUUGUCCUGUUUUGCCUCUUGGCACUUGGCAAAGCCGAGCUGCAUAUCUACCAUCCUCUGAUGACCCUGCAUCACCAACCCACUUUGACCCAUGUGGGUCAGCUGGUGGAUCAUGUGCCCACUGCGGUUUCCCACCAGAGCUCCACCAUCGUCCACCGUAGUGUGCCCAGGAUAACUCCAUUGCUGGCACCUGCUUUCAGGACCUCCUAUUUGCACUAUCCCACCUGGAAUUAUCCGCUCUUUAAUGGUGACAACUCACUUUACAGAAAGUAAA